CCCGUCCCUUCUUUGCUGGUUUUUAUUUUCUUUUUAGAAGGGAGCGGCGGGCAUACUCCGCCGCCCACUCGUAGCUAUCAUUUCUCCAUGGUUUUCCAAUAGACGGCCUUUUCCUUUUCGCCCUGGAAGCGGAAGGUUGAAACAGCCUCAAAAUAAAUCCCAGGAUUUCUAUUUCUGCAGGAAGCCGAAUAGCAGUCGCUCUCAACUUUUCCUAUCUCUAUUCUUGAAUAGUAGGGACUGAGCGGCUUGCGCAUGCGUGUCGCAUGAAAACAUCCCGCUUCACGUUCCGAGGCCGAUGCACGUGAUCGCUGAGUCGCUCUGCCUCGGCGUCUGUAUGGCUGCUGCGGCUGCUUCCGGCCGCGGCUGUCAGGAGGACUCCUCGCUCCUCCCCCGCCCCCUUCCUGAUCGGUGGCUGAAGAGAUGGCGAGCGGCGGCGGCGGCGGCAGCUCGGAUGUCCCGGCGGCAGAGGCAGGGGAGCCGGUGCCGGUGCCCGGUGGCUGCGCGGCCGGAGGCGAGGAGGAAGAGGAGGAGGAGCAGGAGGUCUUGGCUCUGGCCGUCCACCUGAGGCGGCGCCUGAGGGGCUGGGAGGCGACGGUGGCCGCCGUGCAGCGGCUGCUGGUCUGGGAGAGGCCGCCGCAGAGCCUGGCCGGGGCCGCCGCGCUCGGAGCUGCUCUGUGGUGAGAGGAGGCGGAGGCCACUCGGGGGGGGGGGCGCAGGAUGGGGCCCCGGGAGGUAGCGCGCGCGCGGGGGUUGGUGUUGUUCACGUGCGUGGCAGCGGCGGCGGUUAGGAACCGCGCGAAGGGGGCUGAAAGUAGAGCCGGCAGGUAGAUGGGGUCGUGGAUACUCCUGACGUGGUUUCAGCUGGGCGGCCGGUUCUCUCUUGGCGAGAGGAAGAGGCCAGGCUGCAAGAGAGCCCCGGGCUUAGGGUCACCUAUCCUGCUGCAAAUUUAAUACCACAUAGAGCUGUUUUCCUACGCGUGCUUACUUGGGAGUAGACCCCUAUUGAAAUCCGUUGGACUUACCUCUGAGUAAACGUGAAUAACCUUGUGCUACUCAUAACCUUCCAGUUGUCUGCAGGGAAGCUUUCUAAGGGAAAGGAGUUGCCAGUCUGAUGUGAGGUGGGCAGCUUUAGGGUAGCGUUUUCUGAUGCUGGUCAAGGGAAGGAUUGCUCAGGAAUAGCCGUUCUGUUUCAUUCUGAGUGUCUGCCAUGCACUAUUCUGGAAUAAGUUGAUAGCCCCAUGUGAUUAUGUUUAACUUAUGUAUGUAACCCUUCCCUUCUCCAAAGAUCUUAGGUUUUCAUAUUUAGGGUUUCUCUGGCUAUUCUCAUAGCAAUCCUGUAGGGUUAGUUGAGCUUAGUAAUAAUCAGUUGCCCAAGUCAGUUAGCUGGAGCUUGGACCAAGGUCUCCCCAAAUCAAUCAAAACACACAUACAAUUUGUGCAAAGAUUUUGGUUGGGACAUUUGGAAAUAGGUUUCUUGAGGUUGGGGAAUUGUGGGAAAAGGUACUGGGGAGGCUAGUAUGAGGAAUGGAGGAAAGUGGAAUAGGUAAGAAAUUUGCAGUUGUGGAAGGGAAUUUAGGGCUGUGAAGUUGAGUGGUAGUUGCAAGGGAGAGAUCUGGUAAAAUGUAGUUAUGCAGUGGUGAUGGAAAGGCCUUGCAACAGGUAAAACUACACAGUGCAUGUGUAAAAGAUCAAAGUUGAUAUGAGCAAUAAAGCAUUUGAGAAUGGAGGAUAUUUGGUUGUGAAUUCCCUCAAUGGCCAAGGAUUAUCCUAUUUUAAAGGAGGCACAGGUGUACAGGGACAUCCCCUACAAGUUGGAGUCAUUCUGAAAAGAGCAGCACUUCUCCCAGAAGUAAGAGCAGUGUGAAGGAACACUGAGAUGAAUUGCUAAUUGAUAGUAGGUGGAAUGUGCAUUAAGAUUGUAUGACUGUCUGGAUCACUACUGCAGCCCCAAAGUAAUUCAGAUGGGCCUUUAAAUGUCAUCUGACUUUUGGAUUCUUGGCCCUAUCUUCUGAAAGUUAAAAAAGAACUGCUAGAUACCUUUAAAACCAGCAGAUCUCUGGACACCAUACUUUUGCCCAAUUUUGGUAUCACUCUCUAGCAAUCUAGAAGCUUCUGUCUGGAAACAGCAACAAAUCAUAAAAGCAAUGUAAAUCCUUCUUUUGUGGUCCUUCAUUAGUAUGAGAAAAGUGGCAAUUCUAAAUAUUCUUUCCUGGGACCAAUUUUCUGUGCACUAUGAAGGGAGGCAGAUGACUUUAAAAUAAUGGACCCUGAAAGCUUAGUCAAAGAAACUCAUAACAUCUUUGCUUCUUCGUGUAGAUCUGCAAAAAAUGUGAGAUGACAUGAGUGAUUUAAAAGAUAGGAAAGCAUGGGAAACUUUCAUUUGCUCCUACUUGGCACUACCAUUACAUUUUGGAGCAGUUUUCAAUAUCCUUUAUAAACAAAUCCAGAAUGGUGCUUCAAGUUAUAAUUAUUGUUGGGAGUGGAAGGAUGUUGGGUCCAGACGUCUAGUGAAAAAAUGAUUGUACCCUCCUGUAGCAAGCUUUUGCUUAUCUAAUUGUUAAAAUUCAUCCCAGAUGUCUGGGGGUAAAAAAGUAAGUUCAACACCCUUCCCCCUGGAUUACUUGCUUAUUUCAGCAAUAAGAAUCUACUUUACAGGGAGUCAGUACUGGGCUCAGCAGGUCAAUGGUCUACUACUUUCACUGGCAGAGAAAUUCUAGAGUCGCAAGUCAAAAACUUUCCCAGCCCUAGUCCCUGAGACUCUUAACUGACGAUAGCCGGGACUUAACAUUGGACUUUCUACAUGCCACACGUGUACUCUGCCUAUGAGCUAUAGAGAAGAGUAUAGAACAAGCUGCAUGCAUGAGUUAAUAGUGGGGUUCCCUCCUUGAAAUUUGUCUGUCUGAGACUACUGCUGGUCUUGUAUGGAUGAAAUUCUGUUGCCCCUGGCCACAGUGCAGUCAUGGAUUGAUUAAGUCCCUGGUGGACCCAAGAAGGCUUCGCUUUGAGGCAUAUUUUGUGGUGUCUUCUACACUUGAUCUAACAAGGAUUGCAGUCACAAGCUUAGGAUGUGGGACUUAACAUUGGUUGGGUUUAGCGUCAUGUAGACUUCCCUCUUCACUCUCAAAGUAUAAACAGACCUCUCCCUGACGCACGGGUGGUGCCAAGUGCGCCUCCAGGACUUGGCUUGUGAUAAACACGGACUGCUACUAGCAGCUGCAGAUAAUUGGAGACUCGCCCAGGAGUGUUUCUACUUAGAAUUUGUGCACUCACUGUGUACAACCCACAUGGUUCAUACUAUCCCCAGCUUGGGCCUGGUAGCUUAGUAGUAACCCCUGGCAAUGUGCCAGGCUGGGAGUAAGCCCUACAAGCUGUGCUCUUGUUAAGCCUGCAGUGGAUGAGAACUGUAGUGCUAGCACAUUCCUUGUUUCUGCCUAUCCUGCCUCUGCGCACACAGCAACAUUGAACAAGCCCGUGUGGUGGAAUCCAGCAUACAGCUGGGGGGGGGAAACAUCCUGUUUACUCUUGCAGACAAUGAGCUGACUGUCAGCAGAGCAGAUUCACAGGCUGGAGUCAAGCAGGGGUUGGUAGUACACUUCCAGAGACUGCAGUUUGUGGAGAUGUUAAUUUAAACUAGAAAUGUUUUUUGUUAUAAUACUUAAUAACAAUUUAAGAGAAGGGAGAAAGAUCCUGCCAGAAAAUAUUUUCUCAUUAAAAGAAGAAAAAUUCUCAAACAGUAAUACAUACAGGGCUAGAAAGAGAAGAAAACAUAACAUAAAAGAAGCCAGCAGCAUAUUUUUUAGGUACCCGCCAUGCUCGGGCUAAUAUAUUUCAAAUUACUAGGUGCCACCAACAUCAUUUUUCUAGUUGACUGGAUGCCUGUAAUUUUUAAACCUUUAAUUACACAGAGUACAGGUCUCUAAACUGUACACUCAUGGUCCGAUGCAUAGAAAUCCAGUGCCUAUAAUAGAUUUCAGUUGGAAGCUGUAUACAAGACUUUCAAGGAUGUGAACUUCUGUCAGUGAUAGCUCAAAUAGGUAGAAAAUAAAAAGGAACAGGGGUGCGCAUCCCAUUCCCACAAUAAGCUUUGGGUGAACAGAAGAGUAUAUUUUGUCAGAGUGCAUUAAUUCAUUUCUUGCCCAACACUUUUGUUCAGUGUGUUUAUGUCAAUAAUAGGCAAAAUGUGUAAAAAAAAUUAGGAACUUGGUGUUUCCACCUCAAAUUGUGGUUUGGGCCACCCCAAAUCAUAGAUCCACACAUGCAGGAGAAUGUUAUCUAGAGAUGACAGACUCAUAGACUCAUAUCCAAUGCAAGUUUUUUAAACACAGGACACUGUCAAAUGUGUUGGUCUAAGCCAUUGCCAAUGAUAGCCAAACACGCAUAGAAAAGAAUAAAGAACUGGGGAAGGGAUGCAAUAAACUUUGGUAUAUCACAAAUCAUACACCCACAUCUGCAGGAUGGUACCCUCUAUCGGACAGCAUAGAAUCACGUCAGGCCCAGUGCUUUUUGGAGUGGCAAGGUGCUAUCAGUUGCAUGGGUCUACACCAAUAAUUGUCAAAAUAUGUACAACUCUACUGCUGGAUGUGUGAGUAUAUGGUUUGGUGGUUCCUAAGUUCCAUCUUAUUUUUUUACACAUUUUGGUUGUCGUUGGCAUAGUUUCACACCACACAGUUUCUUGUGUCCAAGCACUGUGUUGCUAGACCAAAUGCAAUUUGGGUAUAACCAUUGUGGUGGUCCAAAGCAAGUUUGGGUUGCACAAACCCAGUUCCUUAUUCUUUUCUACAUUUGUUGGCUAUUAAUUAUUUGUUAUAUUAGAAUAAUAUAAUUUCUAAAAUUGGCUAUCAUUGGACUACCUAAAAAUUUAUAAUCUGACAUAAAUUUUAUGGAUGUCAUUCUUCAUGAGAUAGGUGCUGCAGCAGAGUGACAGACAGUCAUUUUGGAAAAUAGCUUUUGCAGACAUGUGCCAAUGUGCACAUGAUGUUUACUGAUGUUUCCUCUUUCUGAACUAUCUUCUACAGUGGUGCCACGCAAGACGAAUGCCUCGCAAGACGGAAAACCCGCUAGACGAAAGGGUUUUCCGUUUUUCGAUGCGCUUCGCAGGACGAAUUUCCCUAUGGGCUUGCUUCGCAAGACGAAAAUGUCUUGCGAGUCUUGAGAUUUUUUCGCUUCCCCCUUUUUCUAAGCCGCUAAGCCGCUAAUAGCCUUUUAGCAGCUAAGCCGCUGCCGCUAAGCCUUUAAUAGCCGCUAAACCGCUAAUAGCGCUAAUCCGCUAAUAGGGUUGCUUCGCAAGACGAAGAAACCGCUAGACGAAGAGACUCGCGGAACGGAUUAAUUUCGUCUUGCGAGGCACCACUGUAUGUCAUCCAAGUGGAAAUUGCUUUCAGUAAUGACUUUCCUCCUGAAAUUUAUUACAGUGGUACCUCGGGCUACAUGCACUUCAGGUUACAUACGCUACAGGUUACAGACUCUGCUAAUCCAGAAAUAUUACCUUGGGUUAAGAACUUGGCUUCAGUCUGAGAACAGAAAUCGUGCAGCGGUGAUGCAGCAGCAGCAGGAGGCCCCAUUAGCUAAAGUGGUGCUUCAGGUUAAGAACAGUUUCAGGUUAAGAACAGACCUCCAGAACGAAUUAAGUUCUUAACCCGAGGUACCACUGUAUAGGACACUGGUCUAUAGUGUUGGACUUGGACCUUGAAAACUUUGAAAUGUACUCUAGCAUUUGGCACAAUAUGGCCUAGAUCAGACAUAAGCAAACUCGGCCCUCCAGAUGUUUUGAGACUAGAAUUCCCAUCAUUCCUGAUCACUGGUCCUGUUAGCUAGGAAUGAUGGGAGUUGUAGUCCCAAAACUGAAGGGCUGAGUUUGCCUGUGCCCGGCCUAGAUCAAGGGCCACUGAUGAGUGCCAAGGCACCUGCAAAGGCUUUAACUGAUGCCCCAGAUACUGAGCUUUCAUAAGUAAGUAAGUAAGUAAGUCUGUAGUCCUCCUAGAAAGGAAGUUAUGGGGUAAAAUGUGCAGGUACUUUCUCAGCAAUUUCUGUGAAAUGAGUGAGUGUGAGAUGGCCACUUUUAACUUAUGUCUUUGUCCCUGUAACUUUCCAGGCUGUUUUCCUCCACUUCGUUGCGUCCUCUAUUCCUCCUCAGCAUGGGCUUUAUUGGUGUUCUCCUGUUGGAGAGAUGGAAGCCCCAAUUCCUUUUGGAUUUCUCAGGUAAGUGAAGUAGUGAAGGUUGUGCAAGUAAAGGAAGUGGUGUAGUUCUGGAGCAGGGAUAGUCUUGGUUGAUUUUGCACUCUUGCAAGUUCAGUUCAUUGCUUCCUGUCCUGCUGUGAUUUCCUGCUGAUCAAGCCUUGAACUAACAGUUCCCCCCUUUUUGCUGUACUACACUGAAUAAAAAGUAGCAAGUAAUUGGAGUUCUUUGGACUAAAGGCACUUGGUUAAUAUUUGCUGGCGUUUUUCCCCCCAUCUCUUUGCUUCUGCUCAUGUUGAGAAUGCACAUUAGAGCACCUUUCUGUUUGUUGAGGGCAGUCAUGUGAGAAAUGCUGUUUGGCUGAAGGAUUAAAUGUAGCAAUUUGUUUUGUACAGUUAGAUCUUAAGGAGUGUGGAUGUAACUGCCUGCAAGUCUUAACAAAUUUUGGAUUAAAUAGGUGGUAUCAUAAGUGCCUGAGUGAGAACCAGGCAACUAUGUGGUGUUGGCCUACAGUGUCUAAUGUCUUUCCUUCACUGUCCUCAAGAAAGAUACCCUUGAUGAGCUCAGCAUGUGGAGCACCAGUGGCUAGCCUUUUGUUGGCCCAAGGUCUGUAUUUGUUCUUGACCAACCUUCCAGGGGUCCCAUGAGAGCAGUGAGUGUAACCAGAAGUGAGUCACCCCACUCUCUCUUUUGCACAGAGAGAAACAGCUUCCCUUCUCAAUUGGAAGGGCAGAUUACCAAAGGGGGCCGUGGUUUAAAUCUCUCCACUCAUUGAAUGAUUCCUCGGGGGGGCGGGGGGUAAAUUGUAUCCCCAUCUUCAUCUCAGUGCUGCAUCUACUUUGAUUUCUUCUUCUUGCCACUGCCAAAUUGGUGUAGUUUUUGUAAGCCAUAAAAAUUUGCUUGGGGGCGAGAUCAGGUCCCCACAAUGUGGGGUUAGCCACUCUUAUGGUAGAGGCUGUGUCUUUCCACAUGGUGGAAUCUCUAAUCAACUCUUUUUAGGACACUUUUUAGGACACAUAUGAGCAACAACUUGCAGAGUCUGGUUUUCAUUAAUUAGUAUGUAUGAAAGAAGCUGAUCACAAGAUGUUAGAGCGAGUCUAUUGUCUGGAUUUAAUAUUGAAUUGACUUAAUCAGCCCUGCUGUGCCCAGACAUCAAACCCUAAACAAAAUACUGGCAGGGAGUGGUGUAGAAAAACAGAGACCUAGGUGCCCUGUUCAAGCAGGACUUGCAAAAACAUUGCAGCCCAGAAAAUUGGAUCACACACUCCUCUUGUGCAGUAAGGUGUAUCAUGCCAGUUUCACAUUGUGAUUUUUGGAAGGUUUCCCAUGUCACAGAAUGAUGCAAAGCACCAAUAAUAUCACUCUUAGCAACGGAUUUCUGCUUUAAUCUUCCUGUGCUGGAGGAAUUUCCUGUAGAGUAGCAGGAUCAGCAUCAUUUUAUUUUUAUGUUAAAUAUUACUUGAGUUAAGUUAAGGCUGUUUUGUUCCAGAUAACUGCUGGCAAAGAGUAGAGUUGCUGUGGGGUUACAUAAGACAAAAUAGUAGGCCAGCCAUGGUGAGCUGAGGGUUAUUUUCUUCCUACUUUUGUUAAAUGACCUGGUGAGCAGAACUACUAUCCAACUUUGUUUAUGUAAGUUCAACUGACAAGCCACCUAUCCAAGAAGCAUCUAAUGUUGACCCUCAUAACUGACACAGUCAUCCUGCUUAGAUCCCAGGCGGAUUCUGUUGUGAUCCUUAUGAAUUGUAUUGGAGCUGUAUCAUUAAAUAGGAAUGCAGCUUUCUCCCUGUUUGAAGGACCAAGAAGAGGAGUUCUGAACAUGAUGAACACAUAUGCAGAAUACAGCCAAAUUCAUAGAGAGACUGUACUGAGAAAUUCACUGUGGAUUCAAGGUUAAUAACUUGCUGUUGCAGUGGACUGAGAUUUCUGUGUGAUCUUUCAGGCCCAUAGGACUGCUACACAAGGUGAAGCAAUUGUUAAGUGAGCAGCACAAUGCCCCUGCCAGAGCUAACAAAGUCAAAGGCUGCAUUAGCUUCCUUGUUGGUGCAUUAGGAGGUACAAAACGGCCUGGUGUAAACAGUUGCGUUCCUGCUGCCCUAGUACAUGAUGCCUGGAUCCUGCACUCUGGCAAGCAAUAGUACUGAAAUAACAGGAAAGCACAGUAGCCCAUGUAUUUGGAGCUGCUGUAAACAAACAUUACAGCCAGGCUUCUGUGUUAACAAUAGUAGCUUUUCACACUCCUGAAAUGGGCCCAAGAUUUUUCAUGUGGGCAGUGGCUGCUGCAAUGCCUGAGUACCCACCAGAAUCUCUGCUGCCCGAGGAAGAUGGUGAUUGGCUCCCUCUGUUAGGGCUGAUUGCCUGGAAUCUGGGUCACAGACUUAACAAGAUUGCUUUCCGCCGCUCCACUGCUCUAUUCACCAGCCUGUCAGCUCUGUGUAUGUGGCCCAGGGGAAAGCCCUGAGCUAGCCCCAAGCGCUGUAGCUUGUACAGACUGUGUGCAGCUGACUGCACAUUAUAAAUAACAGCAUAGCACGUCAGCUACACUAGAUAGUCAUAUCUGAUGAGCUUUGAAUUCUAGCUUCAAAUCUCUAAUGCAAAAGAGCUUAUUCACACACCUUCUCUACAACUAGGCUCAAACAAAGGUCACAUUUUAAGGUGCUCCGUGGGUGGCUUUGUAAAGCCAGGGUUUCUUUUUUACUCACAUAAUAUAUUUGAUUGAAAUUUGGAAGAAAAUACAAAGAUUGAUAUCAGGUAUCUUUUUAUCAAGACUAAAAAAACUAUCCUAAAUAAAAACACAAAUCAGAAAGAAAAGGGGAAAAACAAGAUGAAGAAAAAAAGAAGAAAAAGGGGGGGUGAGAAAAUGAGAACUUCUGAUUCUUCAUCUGUCAGCUAUAUGUAGAAAAUUAUUCAACACAUCCACUCCAAGAUAAACACCCAACAAAUCUGCUUUCAAGAAACCAAAGCCAAGGUUUCUUCAUACUGUGUUCCAAGGCAAUCCAACUUCUACAUCAAGAAAAUUCCAAUCCUGUGCCCAAACUCAGUUAUUCGAGUAAAUGUGUGGUUUAUGUAGCACAGGCUUCCUCAACCUCAGCCCUCCAGAUGUUUUGAGACUACAAUUCUCAUAAUCCCUGACCACUGGUCCUGCUAGCUAGGGAUCAAGGGAGUUGUAGGCCAAAAACAUCUGGAGGGCCGAGGCUGAGGAAGCCUGAUGUAGCAUAUACCUUCUCAGUUUUGAUUACAUCUGAAUCAGUUCAGGAAGUUUGUUCAAAGUGCUGACCUCUUUGAUGAGUGUGGGGUGUACAGCAGAGGAAAAGCCAAAUGCAUGUAUAGAAGUGUGAUUUGAGGUGACAUUGGAAUGAGGACACAGAUACUUUUGCACCCUGGAACUUUAUGUGAUCCCCGUCUCUUUCCAAAGUGUAUAUUUAAACACAAGAGUCAGAGAAACGCUUGUGGAAAUAAUGCAAGAAGCUACCUGAGAUUCUCACAUAUCACAUUUGGUACCAACAACCCUGCCCAGACCACCUGUUUUUUGAGUUUGCUCAGACUUUGGCGAUUGCUUACUGGCAAAAUAUGUUACUAUUCAAACCUGUUGGCCAGAGCUAUGAGAGAGAAAGUUCCUCAGCAGAGGUGGGCUGUGCUCUGUUUCAGAACUCCCCCUUCCCCAGUUGCAAUUUUGUCAGUUGGAGUAUGUCUUGGGACAUCAAACAAUGCAGAUCUUCUGUAGUUGUGUGUGCGCAGCUACAUAGAACAUGAUAGCUCUGUUGGUUAGAGCAUGGUGCUGAUAAUACCAAGGUUGUAGGUUGGUGUUAUCAACGCCCUGCUCUAACCAACAGAGCUAUCAUGCUCUAAGUGCUGAAGGCCAGGCUGUUGAAGGAAGUAACCUCUAGCAUUUAAACUGUCACACUUCACUUACUGCUUAGCUGAAUUAUAUUUUUCUUCUUUCUCCUACAGUGCAGCCAUUGGAGGAACCUAGAGGAGACAGGUAGGUUUGCUCUGUAUUGUCUUCAUAGUGGAGAUGGUUCUUGCCACCCUUCUGCCUUGCCUGCUCUCUUUUACUCAGUAUUUUGACCUGUGUCAUGACCUGAAAAGUCCUUCCCCAAAUGGGUUUGUAGGGCUCCUUACUCAUUUCCCUUCCUUAAUGGGGUCAGGUUUGGUUCUGUUUUCGGUUUCUAGAAAUUGGAAGAGUCGGAUGGAUGCCUUCUUCUCAGGAUUUAAUGGCAUUUCAAGGCCAAGAGGAGGCGCUCAAUUGUAGUCGUCACUUACUGGGUGGAUGUCUGUCCUGAAAAUACCACCUGAGGCUUAGGAGGUAUGGGGUUCCAAGAAAGGAAUGUAGGAAGGAAUUAACAGCUGUGCUGUGGCAGUCAUUUCAUCAGCACAAGCUUUUCAGUUUCUCAGACAGAACAAUCCCCCAUCUCCCCCUGCCCCUGGUCUGGGAGGGUCUCCCAAUCUUCCCCGUGCUGAUUUCCCUGUGGGGAGAGAGUCCUAUUCCACAGGCAGAGGUUCUUGUGCAAGUCCUUGUUAGCAGGACUAGUAAGUUGAAUCCUUUCCCUUUUGGGUGGGCUUCACCUAACCAGCCCCAUUGGUGAAAGCCCUGCUCAAGAACUUUGCUUGUGGCUUUCCCUCCUCUCUUUCCCUCACCCCACAAAUUGGCUCUGGGGGAGCUGGAGGAACCAAUGAGGGAAGAGGCAAGCUGGAUUAUUUACACAUAUGGGACAAUUGAAAGAGGUCAACAUUUGGCCAUAACUUUGUUCCACAACAACUUUGAUAGCUUUCUGUUAAUACUGCCUGCAGGAAGUGAUUCUCUGUUGCUUGUGGCAAGCAUACCUGGAAGGUCUAAAGUACUGAUACAUUGUUUCCAUCCCUGUAGUGACAGUGAGAUGGCAAGAGCGCAGCCUCACCUGUUAAGUGUCCCAGAGCUCUGUCGUUUCCUGGCAGAGAGCUGGAUUACCUUCAGAUUGUACCUUCAGGAGCUGCUGCAAUACAAGAGGCAAAACCCUGCUAAGGUAAGCUGGGAGUCAUCAGGCCCUCUCAGGAAAAAUCCUGGAACAUGACUACUUUCCCCCAUGGUGCCUUUGGGCCGUGGCUUGUUAAUACAUACAUACAUACAUACAUAUUCAAAUACAUUUAUUCAAAUACAAAUACGUAUUCACAGUUGCUCCUAGCACUUAGGGAUGCUUCACACUGGAUUAUUUUUCUACAUGGAUAUUGCUUCAGUUUAAGAAAGGAUGUGCAUACACAACAAUAUGUGGUGUAAACGUUGUAUUCCAAACAGCAAUUUUACGGGAAUCUAGUAUUCUUCACAAUACAUGCGGAAACAAAAAAUGGGAAUAGGGUUUUAACCAAGUAUGCCAAUACAGACAAGGUACAGUGUGUUCCAGAAACUAUCCUGAGAAAAAUAGCUGAGGGCAGACAUACCCUUAGCCUGCACAUACGUGUUGAUGUUUCUUUGUAGAUGUCACUUCUUUGUUUCUUUUUCCUCCGCUGCCACCCAGUUAUGUUUAGUAAUCCAAAAUGCAUAAUGUGAUAUAUUUGUGUUGCAACUCUGUUCUUUCAUUGCAGAGGUGCAUUUCUAUGUGAUGGCCUCAUUCCUGCAUUGAAAUGUGAGAUUGUUGCUUGCAGCAGUUGCUCCAUAUAAGCAGUAAAUGAGCAGUUCUGGCCCUGAGCAGAAUUCAGAUUUUCUUGCUGUAGUGUCUGGGAUUUAUGAGCAUAAUGGCAAGCAGCUCUUUCUAUUGAUUAAUUAAUGGCCUGUCCUUGGAGGAGAAAGCAUUACCUUAUAUUAUAUAGUCAAGAUCAUUUAAAGGGAAGGCAGGUAGAGAGGGGAGUAAUGUAUGGGCCUUAUUUUAUCUCAGGAUGAGGGAAGUCCUGAAAUCUGUUCUGAUGGGAAGUUCUGCUUCUGCACAUGAGUCUGGCAAACCGCUCUAAGCUGAAGCAUUCCUUCGUCACCCACCCUAGAAUGUUUAGUUCACAUUGAGUUCAUGAAACAUCGUACCCUGACCUGUUCUUAAUGCAUGGUUGACCACAUCUACGGAAUGCGAUAGUUAUGCUCUUUUAAGUUUUGCAAUAUCAAUCACUAGUAAUAGUUUAAUAAGGAGGUUUUCAUACCUGUCCAACCAUGUGUUCCCUUUCCCAACCUUUAAUCUAUUGAUGAUUAAUGCCUAUAUGCAACCCUUGCAUUGUAUUUGUGUUAACCAAUCAGCAACAAGCACAUAUGUGGCAAUGCUGUAAUAUUCAAUAAAAGGGACUCCCCGAGACAUGAUCAAGAGAUGCCUCUCAUAUGACACUUGUCAUUCGUCUGUCGUUUAUUUCAACCCAACACUGUUCCAGUCACCUUUUGCCAGUGGCAAAUUUCUUCCAUUUCCAUUGACAGCCUUAAUAGUGAAUCAAACACAUACUCCUUUCAGAGUGUUGGGAUUGGCAUAGAAAAAGUCAGGCUUUUUCCUCUUGUAGUCAGCUAUUUGCCCAUUUGUCAGUUACUUUCAGACAUGCAGCUUGCUGUUGCAGGUAAUUCUGGAUCCCCACCCGGCUCUGUUAUAACACUACCUGGCAGCAGCACCCGGGAGCAAAAGAGUAGCCAAUCAUUCUGGCAUGGCAGAUGCGCAAAGCAUGCAAAAUGGCUGUGUGGGUGAAUACAAGCAGUUAUUAAUUAAAACAAGGCUCUCUGGGAUUGGGGGCGUCUCUUGAGCCAUUGCAAAGGUGGCUUAUUGGCUGUCCUGAGAAUGCUUCCACUGUGCUAAACCUUUCUUCUCUAUCUUCUUUCGCCUUGUACUUCCAGUUUUGUGCCAGAGUCUGCUCAGGAUGCUUGAUCUUAGCAAUAGUAGGACACUAUGUUCCUGGAAUCAUGAUUUCCUACAUUGUCUGUGAGUAUAACUGGGCUGUUUUAUCCCUUAAAACUAGACAUGUGACAUAACUAAGCAUAUGCCCAGGAUUUUCCUUUAUCCAGCUCAUUUAAAAGAAAUUAAAAGCACAUAAUAGUUCCAACACCUUGUGGGGAACAGGGACAUAGAUUGAAUUUAAUGAGGCGCAGCUGGUGGAGGGCUGGACACUGAGUAUCCUUUGGAAAAUUGGCUGCCUCUUUGUCUCUGAGAGUAUAUGCUUCUAACACUUUCUGGACUGUCUCCAGUGCUCAGUAUCUUGCUGUGGCCGCUGGUGGUGUACCAUGAACUUAUCCAGAGGAUGUACACACGCUUGGAACCCAUUCUGAUGAAACUGGACUACAGCAUGAAGGUGGAUACCUUGCAUCUUAAACACGAAAAGAAAAGUAAGACAACAGCUCCACAGUACCUGAAAUGCAUAGCUUUUGAUGAUGGGAUGCAGGAUAUAAGUCCCAGGAAGUAAAAAUUAGAAACUGGGAUGGCUAGCUAGGAGCAAUCCAGUGGGGUGAGGUCCAAAAUCACUGGAGAUGGCUGGAUUUUAAUGUGCAGUAGUGUCCAGUACAGUGGUACCUCGGGUUACAGACACUUCAGGUUACAGACUCCGCUAACCCAGAAAUAGUACCUCGGGUUAAGAACUUUGCUUCAAGAUGAGAACAGAAAUUGUGUGGUGGCGGUGUGGCGGCAGCGGGAGGCCCCAUUAGCUAAAGUGGUACCGCAGGUUAAGAACAGUUCAGGUUAAGAACAGACCUCCAGAACGAAUUAAGUUCUUAACCCGAGGUACCACCAUACUGUGAGGAAGCACAGUCUGUAUGAAGCUUCUGAUAAAAUAUUCCUCUGGUCCUCUUUUUAUAGGACUAGUUCCACUGAUGUCCCAUUAAGCAUUUUGUAUAUGUUUUCUAACAGAGCGUCAAGGAAAGAGUGAGCCCGAAGCUGGCAAUGAGCCAAUGGCAGAGACUGAAAGUGAGAGUGAGGCGGAGCUGUCUGGGUAUUCUCCAGUGGUAAGAGCAUGGGAAGGGAUACAUGUUGGUGUUGAGCUUCAUUCCCAAGAAUUCAUUUCUUUCAAGUGAUGUGAGUUUGCCUGCAGGGUUGGAAGGUCUGAGAUCUUGUUCCCUUCAUAAAGGCUACUGUAUUCAAUCUGACUUAGGAACUUGCAGGUUUUGGAGGGCCUUCUUCCCCCACCCUCACCCCUUUGGGCCUUGCCUUAUCUUCUCAACACUGUUAUCACCAACUGCUCUUUUUUGUCAUUGUUACCCCCUAUGUGCUUGCUGGGCAAAGAGCCAGUGAACAAGCAGGUAUUGGCAUCUCCUUCUCACUUUCCCAGUGGUCUUGGCCAGAGCAAAAGGCGGGUGUACAAGGAGAUUGCAAUGAUGAAGAGGCAGAGAAGGUCCAGUGGUGGCUCGUCAGUGGUCCCACUCCUGAAGUGUGGCCCCUUAGCAGAUCCAUCCUGACCCUUGAUGCCUGUCCUGGAAACUUGGCAUGAUACUUCAGAUUCAGGGGGACAGAGAUGAGUGGUCAGGUUGGCAUUGUUGGGGGCAUCUCUCUCCAAAUUCUCCCUCCAACUUCUGACUCUCCAACCUUUCUUUUCAGAGCCAAAAUUACUCUAUCUCUCAGGGUUUAGAUGGAAGAGUUAGUCUUGGAGGAUAGCUCUUCCUCAUUAUUGCCGGCACUAAUUAGAUAUAUAACCAACCUGGUAUGUUGGAUCUGGGUUCAAAUUCCUGUUUGGUCAGGGUGGGUCAAGUGGGUUAAAUGUUUAAGACACAACAGCAUGUCCAAUUUUAAAUCUGGAAAAUAAGAUGGCAGAAUCCCAAGUCACUGAUUCCUCUACAGUUAAUCUUACAACUAAUUUUUGUAAUUGGAACAGCCAUCUUUUUGAUAAUCCAUGCAUUGUUUCCAUUCAGUAAAAGGUUAAUAUUUUUAGUGCAUCCCUCUUUGAAAUCCAAGUUAAUAUUGGCUCAGACUCUGAUGGCAGAGAUUCUAGGCUAACAGGUGGGACCUAGUGGCUCCACUGUAAGGUGGAGAUUUUUAGCCACAAGAACAAAAAAUGUCCUCACGCUCCUCCUUUUUGCAGGUGGAUGUGAAGAAGACAGCUCUGGCAUUGUCAAUUACAGACUCUGAGCUCUCUGAUGAGGAGGCCUCUAUCCUGGAGAGUGGAGGCUUCACCGUCUCCAGAGCUACCACACCACAGCUGACCGACGUGUCUGAAGGUGCCAUUUUCUUACUCCCCAAAUCCAAAUGCUGCAUAUUAUUUGGGGCCACUGUGUGGUAGAGUACAAGUUGUGUGUUCCCUUCUAGAGUGUUCAGAGAUGAAAACUAGGAUAUGAAGGGUAGUUGUAGGGCUUAGAAUUGAUGAGAAUGAUGAACUUUGGGCUGAAAAGGAUCAAAAUCAAAUUGAUUCCUGAUUUCCAGACUUUGAGUGGCCCCUGAAUACAGCUGUCUUCACCUGGAAACAUGGAUGUACUUGUUUACUAUAUUUUUACAUGUUAUCGUGCAGAGUCCAGUGUCUUUAUUAUUUCUUGAUUGAUGAUAGACAUCCCGGACUGUUCUGUAACUUGCAGGCCAUUGGGAGAAUGCGAUUAGCUCCCUUACUAUGGUUACUGGUGCCACACACAAACAGCCCCAAGUUCUUCUGCAGCAUUGUUAAGUCUUCAGGGAUUAGCUGUCCACUCUAGGCUCUCCUUGCCUGAGCUUUGAUCCCCCUACACUCUUCUCCCCCACCUAAGAUGAACAGCUGACAUUACCAAGGCAACAUAUUUCACUGAGGAUUGCAGUCCUUGAGGCUGUAAACCAAAAAGACCCACUUCUUCAACCAAUCCAUUUCCUUGUCAUCCUAGCCUUGCCUUACAUCAGGAGUGGUCAACCUUUUUAGACCAAGGGCAGCAUUUCCUCUCUGCCAGUGAUUGGUGGACUGAGCAGAAAAUGUAAAUUUUGCCUCUGUAUAGUAGGCUACUUUCUAAGCACACUUGCACACCCAUUUCUCUCCUCCAUCCAGGCCAGCAAGAGGCAGUAUCAGAAUUCAGUGACACAUCCUAGCCAGGCAAAAACACUCGAGGAAGGGUACAAACCAGGGCUGGUGGGAAGUGUGGCUUUGGCAGAGAAGGGUGUGGUGAAGUAGGAAGUGUAGCCUUAGCAAAUCCUGAGGGCCAGAUGGAGAGGCCUAGAAGGCUGCAUCUGGCCCUGAACCUGAGCUUCCUUUCCCCUGAGCAUAACUUUUAUUCAUUUGCAAGCCUCCUACCCCCAAACCACACACAACAGUGUAAAUUGCAAACCAUAAAGGACGGUAUUUUAAUGCAGAAACUAGCACACUUGUACUAUAUAGAUGUUGUAGUAGCUAGUGGUAAUGUGGUAUCAUUACUGCUAAAUCUCUGUGUAUGUGAAAAUCCAAAGUAUUGGGUCUUGUUCCAUAAUAGCUCAUUUACACACUUAGAAGUAGCAGUUGCAGCCAAUUCCACUGCAGUAGCAUGCAGAGCUUUUCCUGAGGCUUUACCAAUGAGGAAGAACCUGGUGGAGUAACUUCAGGGAGCCCCAGCCUGCAAUGCUAAGUAUGAUUGUUGUUGUUUGUAUAGUGCCUUAGAGUGCUUUGAAGCACAUCAGCUUUGUUAUCAUGUUAUCCUAGCUACCUUGUAUGAUAGGUCAGGGUUGUUGCCAUGGUGCAUGUUGGCACCAAUGACGUGGGGAAAUGUCAUGUAACCCUGGAAACACAAUUUAGGUAGCUAAGUUGGAGGUUGAGAGCCAGGACCUUCACGGUAGAUUUAUUUUAAAUGCUACCUUUUCCAUGCACAAGGUCAGCUAGACAGGCAGGGUUGAGCAGUUCAGUGUAUGGAUGAGUUGGUGGAGAGGUUUGGAUUUGUUAAGCACUGAGAAGUGUUCUGGGACAAGCCAGGGACAGGCUCCAUUUCAGCCGGGAUGGAACCAGACUAUAUAUGCUUAAAGUCUAAAAGGUGGCAGAGCAGCUAUUCAGCUGUUUGCUGGGAGAAAGCCACUUGAAGCUGAGGAUCAUCUUGUUUGGGGCAAACCAUCCAGGGGAAUCCAGGAAAUUUCAGGGUGGUUAGUUUAAUGUCUCUUCUGGGAAAACUGGUAGCAAGCAUAAUUAAAGAUUGGAAUACCAAGCAUAUAGAAGGACAAGCUUUGCUGAGGCAGAAUCAGUGUGGCUUCUGCAAGGGUAAGUCCUGUGUUUGAGAAUGUCAGCAAGCACAUAGAGAGAGAGAAAGAAGUGAUCCAGUUGACAUAGUGUACUUAAACUUUCAAAAAGCCAUUGACUAUGGAGUCCCUUGCCCAAGACACCUGAUUAAGUUUAGCAGCUGUGAAAUAAGAGGACAUGCUGUUAUAGAUCAGGACUGGUUAAGAAACAGCAGAGAGUAGAAAUUAAUGAAGGGUUUUCCCAAUGCAGUGGUGUCCAAACUUUUUUCAAAGAGGGCCAGAUUUGAUGUAGUGAAGGGCCAUGAGGGCCGAUCAAAGGGCCAACCAAAGUUUUUAAGCUUUUUUCAGGAUUAAAGUUGUGGAGGUUUUUUUUAGGAUUUUACCCCAGGAAAUAAACAGCCACAGGGGCCGGAUUAAACCUACCAGCAGGGCCGAAUUAGGCCCCCAAAAUGGACUUUGGACAUGCCUGCAAUAGAGGGAUGUAGGAAGUGGGGUCCACCAAGGUUUGGUGUUGGUACUGGUGCUUUUUAAACUUGUUCAUAAAUGAUCUAGAGUUGGGAGUGAACAAUAAGGUAGCCAAGUUUGCUGCUCAUACUAAAUUGUUAGGGGUGGUUAAAACAGAAAGGAAUUGCGAUGGGCUUCAAAAGGAGAAGUAGACAUUAAAAUGGGAAAUGCAAUUAAAUGUAAGCAAUGUAAGAUUAUGCAUGGUGUAAAGAAAGAGAGCUGUUUCUCAUAAUACAAAAAUCUGAGGACAUGUAAUGAAGCUGCAUGUUGGAAGAUUCAGAACAGACAAGAGGAGGUUCACAUAGCACAUACCGUAGUUUAAACUAUGGAAUUAGUUCCAACAAGACGUAGUAAUGGCCACCAAUGUGGAUGGAUUUAAAAGACAAAUUUCUGGAUGAUAAAGCUGUCAAUGGCUGCUGGCCACAAUGGCUUUGUUCACCGUCUACUAGUGUGUCUGAAUUCCAGUUGCUGGGAGUUCCAAGCGGGAAGAGUGCUGUUUCACUCAUGUCCUGCUUGUGGAUUUCUCAUAGGCAUAUGAGAACAGGAUGCAGGACUAGAUGGGGCUUAGGUCUGAUUCAGCAAGGCUGUUCUCAUGUUUUUAUUGCCCCCAUAUUGUAGUGCAGGGGGCAGGAGUGAGAAUGAGAUAGUGGUGGUAUAUCUAAAGCACUUAAUGAGUACAUGGCAAAAGUGAGAUUCAAACCAAGGAAUUCACACUCUUCAUAGCCACUAUGAUACACAGCUUUCAUACAUCAGCAUUAACGUGCAUGAUACUGCAUACAUUUACCAGCUCAGAUUUGUUCUGGUGAGAUGAUUGAACAAGAAAGAAAAGCAGUAGCAAGAUCAUAGUGGGGUUGGUGACUUUUAAUCAGGGAGUACAGCUAUAGAACAGCAGCAACUGACCUGUUAAUGAAAGAAUAGGAAAGAACAUUUCUGUUCAAGGUCAGGAUAAGAUGAUAAGGAGGCACACAAAGGCAAGUACCGUAAGUGUAUUCAGAAAACAGACUGGCAGCUGAGCUUGGAAUGGCAAUUGAUGAUUGAGAACAGGGAAUUCUGGGGUGUUUGGGGAGGCCAUGUUCAUAUUCCCAAUAUGCUUUUCAGAUCUGGACCAGCAGAGCCUUCCCAGUGAGCCAGAAGAGUCCUUCUCCAAGGACUUGGCAGAGUUUCCUUCUGUGGAAGAGUUUCAUUCCAGAGACUUGGGACCACCCAGUGAGGAUGACAACUUUGCAGUGCCUGCCCACGCUGCCCACCAACUGGACUCUGCUGAGAAAGACGGCGUGGCGGCAGCAGCCAUGAGUUCAGACACAUCCAUCCUGUGCCUGGCCUCACCCCUGCACUUUGUAAAUACGCACUUCAACGGGAACGGGCAGGCAGUGGCAGGAGGAGCCCUGGAGCCCCAACCUGUCACUGCCCAAGGCCUGGGGCUGCACAUCGAUUCACUGAGCCAAGAGAUUGUCACCACCGCUAUCAGUACAGUAGUGCAGAACACCCUGUCAGCCCUGCUCCGCUCCUCUGAGGACAACGAGGGGCCUUCUCUCUCUGAGUUCCUGCCCACUGAGCCCAAGGAGAGACUGAGCUUCCAGGCCCAGCUGUCUGAGAGUGUGGAGGUGGGGGCGGCCUCUCUGCCUGGGGAGGAGGAGGAGGAAGCUGAUGAUUUUGAGCUGCUUGAUCAGAGGGAGCUGGAGCAGAUGGAUGCAGAGCUUGGCCUUUCUGGAGAGACAGAGGCUCAAGCGACACCGGCUCUCCCUCCUGAAGAAGAAUCCUUGCCCAGCUCCUAGGUCCCACUGCUCCCCUGUAUUUCUGCAGCUGCAAGGGAAGGACAAGUGAACACACAGCAGAGUUUGGUCUGUGCUGACUGGGGACGGCAAAACAUCCACAUUCACAGUGUUAUGUCUGGAAUAGUGAGUCCUCUUCCUAGUGUUGGCCUUCCAAGCAGGGUGUUGCGUCUUGCCCACGCUUCCUAGUGGUGAUGCAAUCUUUUUUGGUCUGCUGCUGCAAUUUGUCUGUCUUUGUCUAUUCGUUUUGUUUUUUUGCACGCCGCAUCCUCAGCUAGAUAUCCCCGCUGCUCGCACCCACUGUUCAUGCCCCCCCCCAGUAGGAAGGAAAGCAGUUUUAUUGGAUGGAGGGGGGUACCAGAGGGUCUACAUUGUAAAUAUUUUUAUGAAAACAUUGGUUUGUUUAGUUGGGAAGAGGGAGAAGGGAUUGGUGGUAUGGAGAAAACGGGUUGAGGUGGGUUUCUUCCCUUGAGUUAGAAAUUUCAGGGUGGAGGGGAAGUAGGGCUUCAAAGGAGACAUCGUGUGGAGUAUAUUUGCUGUCAGGACAAGAUGAGGGGGCACAAUUGAGCUUUCUGCCCACCUUGUACAAGAAUAGCAGCUGCUUUUGCACUUCCGAGCACUAGCCCUUUCCCUUAACUUUCACCCUACAACCCAAUUUCCUUUAUUCAGUUGUGUGAAUAUGACACCUGAUUUGGGCUCCAGGAAGUGGGUAGUCUGGUCCUGUAGAUUCUCAACUCCAAGGCCAGGCUGUCUGCAGGCUCUUUAAUCUACUUGGGAAAACACAAAGCAAUUUGCAGUGACUUGAAAGCUUCCUCUUCCACUGCUGCACUUUAAAAGCAAAAUCCCCUUAUAUCUACUUCUUGUCACCUUUCUCUAAGGCCUGGCUGAGCCAGCUCUGCCCUAUGAUGCACCCUGGCCAGAGCACAAUCUUCUGCUGCCCUCAGCCUUGCCUUAGGGAAAAGAGCAGAGCAGCUUGAAAAGGAAUGAUGUGUGUAGGACAUUGGGAAGAACAUUCUCCAACUCCAAGCUCUCUAGGCUUAUCUCCACUCUACUCCCACUCUCAAAUCACUUUUGAAACCUCAGGGGUUUCACUCUUUAUAGUCUUUUGCUAAUUGGAGUAGUGUGCCCAUUUAUGUUCUCAGGAGAAAGGAGGGACUAAAUGGGAGUGGAGGAUUGUUUGGGUUUUUUUCUCCAAAGGUGGUUACUGCCCCUGAUACCUAUUGCUGCUUGCACAGGUUUGCAGAAUAUUAAUUCUAGGAUCUGAUGGCUGAGUCUUUCAAAUAUUGAUUUUAAGUUGCAAUGAUAAAGUGGGUUUUUUAUUAUAUGGAAACAGAGAUGCCCCCUAUUGGGUGUGUAUCUUUGUUAAGAUGCAGCAGUCUGUCUUCAGUAAUAGCGUUCUCGGCUGAGUGGAUACUGCUUGCUCCCAGUAAUGGAUCUCAUUUUUUGCCUGUUUUCCAAUGAUUGCUGGAGAAGCUGGAUGGGUUGGGGAGUGUCAUGAAUUGGCCAGUUUCUUGCUGUUGAAAAUUUUCAAGCUGGGCACUUCCAGGCGAUACCUGACGCUUUCACAUUCUCACAAGUGACUGCCGCUUUGCAGAUGCAGGCCCUGAAGCUGUGAUAGCUUGCCCUGCAGGCCUCAGCAUUUUAAACUGCACUUCUGAGAGUUUAUGACCAAGGUGAAGGUGCUGCCUCUCAGCAGGAGGGGCCACCAAUCAAUUCCAAGCACAUUUGCAAGACCCCAGUUCUUGCCUUUUGCACCCUUCAAGUUUCAUCGCUUGCUGAGUCAGUCACUGGCCCACUCUUUGUAUCAAGGUUGCCUGUCUCAGGUUCCUUCAGUCAUAGGGCAAUGAUUUUCUUGAAAUGCAAAAUGAUAUUGUUCUCCAGAGUUGGUUUACUUUCUGACCUGUGUUGCCUGCCCCAUCCCAUCCCAGCCCCAGUCAAAUGUUGAGGGGAGGAUGCCUGUUAAUACAGCUUCCUCCUAAUGUCUGCACUUUGGAAAUGGGCAGCCAUGUAGCACUGAGUGUGGAGCUUGCUCGCCUUUGUGUUGUGUCCUGAGCACAAAUUUUGCUACCCCUACCACCAGCCAGAAGCCCUAGCUUUCCCAUUCUGGUGCAGGAGGCAUGUUAUAUGUUUGUGUUUUUCUCUGAAGUUCUAAGCUGUCUUCCUCUCCUUUGGUGGCAACAGCGCCAUACUGCUCCAUGAUAGGGGCCUUCUGAGGAAGGGCUGGGAGGCUGCUGAUGUCACCCAGGAAAGGCAGAGGGCUUUGAACUGUGUAGCGGUGUUUAUUCUAUGGCUAAAUAUUUAAAACAAACUGUAGUCUUUUUAAUAAAAAAAGGUUCAAAGAUGUGAAUUUUGGGUU